CCACUGUAAUGGGUGAAUGUACAAUGUAGAAUGUAACUAAGUCACGUUUCACUGAAGUCACCUUAUAUUAUCAUAUAUCGUUCAUAUAAAUUUCUCCUAUCCUGUCCUGCAUCUUUGUCGUGGGUCUAAGGGAUGGAUCCCGCCGGUCCAUUCUUCUAUAACGUCACCGAGGAGCACCGCCUCGACCCUUCCGAUGCUGAGUUUGUUCAAGUGAUCCACACAGACAUUUGCCUGGGAAUGGGGAAACAAAUGGGCCACGUGGAUUUCUACCCCAACGGUGGAAAACAUCAGCCAGCCUGCUCUUUUGGCCUCACCGCGCCGGGGGAGGCGCGGGGCUGCAACCAUGACGUAGCGCAGGACUACUGGUUGGAAAGCAUUAACGGGGAGACGCCCUUCCUGGCACACCCGUGCCAGGACUGGGAUGCUUUCCAGGCAGGUCUGUGCGACACGUGCGGGAAGGGCUGCCUCCAGAUGGGCUUCCAUGUGGAGAAAAACCUAACGGGGACUUAUUACCUGAGGACAAGUGGCGCCUCGCCCUACGCCAUGGUGAAGGGUACUGACCCCACUGACCCAGAACUGCGUCUGGCGUUGUUCAUUUCAUACCAAGACACUGACCCCACUAACUCAGGCCCCAGGACCCAGCGCUGUUCGUUAUGUGUCUUCCCCACUUGCCUCCAGGUUCUCCUGGUGCCAGGAUAA